AUGCGCCAGAAAAAGAUUGUAGCCACCGCCGUCUUCGCCUGCGCCGCAGCCGCGCCCUCUGGCACCCUGCUGGCAACGCAUGGUAUCUUAACCUAUGGAGCAUAUCCUGUAGCCUCUCUAUCCGUUGCCCCCAUCAACUCUGGCGACCUUCAGGCUGCUGCCAUCAACGCUCAUGUGGAAGCUUCCGACCAAUCACGAGCUGUAGUUGACGCUGUGCAAGAAGUGAACGACCAAGCAGCUGAAAACCAUGGUAGAGCUAUCAAUGCUGCUGAAGACCACGCUUGGCAAGCAGUGAACUCUGCUCAGGUAGCCGCCGCUGAGAUUGACGGUGCUGCAGCCAGCGUGUCACCUGCUGCUGCCCGCUCUGUAGUUGCUCCUGUCUCUCCUGUUCUGUCUUACUCUGUUCCUUCUUGGUCUUAUGCUGCUCCUUCCAUCUUAUCUUACUCUGCUCCCUCAUUCAUUUCUCCAGCUCUAUCUUACUCCAGUCCACUGGCCGGUGGAAGCCAAUCCAUCUCUUACCAAAGCCUCCAUCAAACUCACCCAUCUCCCGUCGUAGCUUACGCCCACAACUACAUCUACGCG